AUGACUAUGAUUAUAGAGUUAUUAAAAGAUGUGUUUGUUGAUGCCAAGAUUCCUGUUUCGUUCUAUGAGGCUAAGAAAAUCAUCAACAAACUUCGUCUUGAUUAUACCAAGAUAGAUGCUUGCCCAAAUGAUUAUUCAAUGAAAUGGCAUGCAUUGGAGGCUAAUAAAGAUGGUAUGAUGAGACAUCCUAGAGAUUCCGAGGCAUGGAAAACAUUUGACUUACGUCAUCCAGAAUUUGCUACGGAUUCUCGAAAUGCAAUUUUGAUGUGGACUAUUAGUGACUUUCCAGGACUUGGCACUUUAUCAGGAUGGAAUACAUACACUAAGCUUGCUUUCCCCACUUGUAACAAUGACACUGAUAGUUUUAGAUUAAAGAAUGUUGAGCAAAGAGAUACCCCUGCUACUUUGAUAGGAGAAGACAUCUUGAACCAACUAAAGGGAGCAAAUGUUACUUUUGGGAAAGUGUUAGAAUCUAAAGAAAAAGAUGGAGGAAAAAGAAAACGCAAGAAAAAAAUUGUUGAAGGACCGAGACAAUGGAGGAAGAAAAGUAUAUUUUUUGAUCUUCCUUAUUGGGAGUCCAAUUUGUUGCGCCAUGAUUUAGAUGUUAUGCACAUUGAAAAAAAUGUAUGUGAUAAUGAUGUAUACACUUUGCUCAAUGAAAUUGGGAAAUCAAAAGAUAAUCUUAAAGCUCGUGAGGAUCUUAAAUUAAUGGGUAUAAGGAAGGAUCUUUGGCCAUAUAGUAAUAAAAGAUUUUGCCCAUCUUUGUUUACAAUGUCAAAUUCAAAGAAAGAUGUAUUCCUACGAACUUUGAGGAAUACUAUUUUUCCUAAUGGAUACUCAAGUAACAUUUCUAGGUGCUUUGACAUAAACAAUCGAAAACUUUUUGGGAUGAAAAGCCACGAUUGUCAUAUUCUUAUGGAGCAAAUACUACCUAUUGCUAUACGAAAUGUCCUACCAGACAAUGUGAUUGCAGUGUUAGUAGAGUUUUGUUCAUUCUUUCGUCAAUUAUGUGCCAAGAGUUUAAGUCACUUGGAUCUCGAUAGACUCCAAUCUCGAAUCAUUCUCACUCUUUGUCACUUAGAAAUGUUAUUUCCUCCUUCAUUUUUUACAAUCAUGGUUCAUUUGACUUGUCAUCUUAUUGGUGAAGCAAAACUUGGAGGUCCAGUACACUAUCGUUGGAUGUAUCCUAUUGAAAGGUACUUAGGACACUUGAAAUCCUAUGUUAGGAAUAAGGCACAACCCGAAGGUUCUAUUGCUGAAGGAUACCUUGCGGAAGAGGUUCUCACAUUUUGCUCUCAAUAUAUAGAUGAGAUUGAGACUCGAAUCAGUAGACCUGCACGUAUUGAUGAUUAUCCUGAUGAAAGAGAUUCAUCCCACAGAUCUACAAUUUUUCCACCUAUAGGUAGGGCAGUAGGAGCAUUCUCAACCUUUGAUCUAUCAACCAUGGAGAAAACUCAAGCACAUCGAUAUGUGUUGUUAAAUUGUCCCCAAGUCAAACCUUAUAUUGAUGAAUUUAAGGAGUACUUACGGAUACGGUCUAAAAGGCGAAGGCAGUCAACAACAGAGAUAGAGAAAAUGAUUAGUAAAGAUUUCAUUGUUUGGUUUCCUCAAAGGAUUAUGAACCCCGACAUAUCAAAUAUAGUGUCAGAUGAUCUCAAGUAUCUUGCAAAAGGCCCAACAACACAAGCUAGAAGAUAUUCUGCAUUUAACAUUAAUGGAUUCAAAUUUCGAACCAUAGCACGAGAGCAUGGUUUGAAAACCCAAAAGAGUGGUGUUUAUUUAGCAUCUUCAACAUCAUGUGUUGCUAGUAGUGUCGAUACAAACUUUAGAGAAGCAAAUUUGUUAUAUUAUGGGAAAUUAGAAGAUACCAUUGAGCUUAACUACUAUGGUCGAUUUAAAGUUACCUUAUUCAGAUGUAAAUGGGUUGACACCACUAAGGAUAGAGGGUACAAAAAAGAUUCAUGGGGUUUUACUUCCGUUAAUUUUUCAAGAAGUAUUCACAUGGGUGAUCGUGAAGAACAUGAUCCGUACUUUGAGGCCUCACAAGCCCAAAUGGUCUAUUAUGUGAAUGAUGAGAUAGAUAAAGACUGGAGUGUUAAUGUCUAUUUGAAGCCAAGAGACUUAUAUGAUAUGGGAGAUCAAAUAGAUAUUGAAGUUUGUCCUGAGCAAAACCUAAAUCAAUUUUUUGGAGACUCUGAUCAUUUGUCUUUAAUAAGGGAGGAUGUAGAUGAUGAACUAAUAAGUGAGGGGCAUGUUAAUGAUGACAUUGAUGGAGAUGAACUUAUGGAAGAAUAA